UCAGUCGGUCUAGAAAUUGUGCAGUCAGUGAGGGUUGAGCUCAGCCUGAAUCAUGUCUGCAGUCAGGACUGUGCUGCUGCUCUGGGUCUGUGUAGGUGCGAUUGUCAGUACUUAUGGCGCUUUGGUUAUCUCUACUGACACUGAUGUGCAGAUGACACGUGACACUGCCAAACACAUCGAGAAGCGAAGUAUAAGCGAUGUAGAGGUUGAAAUUCAGAGCGUGAAGUUGGACUGCAAGGUGGCAUCUCGGUUUGCUCAUACAGUCAUGACUACCAAAGCUCUGAACAAGGGCAACUCCUCUAAGGAAAUAUUCUUUGAGGUGGACCUACCAAAGACGGCUUUCAUCACCAACUUCAGCAUGGAAAUUGAGGGGAAGACAUAUGUGGGUGCGGUGAAGGAGAAGGAGAAGGCCAAGAAACAGUAUGACAAGGCUGUGUCAUCAGGACAGACUGCUGGACUUGUGAAGGCAUCAGGCAGAAAGAUGGAGAAAUUUUCAGUUUCAGUGAGCAUUGCAGCCUUAAGUCCAGUCACAUUCACACUGACAUAUGAGGAGUUGCUGAAGCGUCGCCUGGGAAACUACGAGAUUAUGACCCGCGUCAAACCAAAACAACUGGUCCAGAAUUUUGAGAUUGUGGCAGACAUCUACGAGCCUCAAGGAAUUGCCUUCUUGGAUGCCUAUGGGACAUUUAUCACCAAUGACCUACUGCCCCUGGUGGAGAAAACUGUCACUGACAAAAAGGCUCAUGUUUCCUUCAGUCCAACACUGGACCAGCAGAGGAAAUGUCCUGACUGUGACGGUACGCUGAUCGAUGGGGACUUCAUCAUAAAGUAUGAUGUGGACCGUGCUGGAAGCAUUGGGGACAUUCAGAUAGCUAAUGGCUACUUUGUCCACUAUUUUGCACCUGUGGGAUUAACAAGAGUGCCUAAGAAUGUUGUGUUUGUGAUAGACAUCAGCACUUCAAUGGCCGGACGGAAAAUUCAACAGACACGAGAGGCGUUGCUGACAAUCUUGAGUGACCUGCAUGAGGAUGACUACUUUGGACUGGUUCUUUUUGAUAGCAGUAUUGAAACCUGGAGGCCAACUAUGACUAAGGCCACAGAGGGAAAUGUGACGGCAGCAAAGGAAUUCGUGAGAAAAAUCUAUCAAAGAGGAUGGACCAACAUAAAUGAUGCAGUCCUCACAGCAGUUAAGAUGAUUAAGACUGACAUGCAAAAUAACCUACUCCCAGAGAAGAGUGUGAAUAUGGUCAUCCUUCUGACAGAUGGAAAUCCUACUAAAGGACUGACUGAUCGAGAUAAGAUCAGAAAGAAUGUCCUAGAUGCCAUUGAUGGGAAUUUCACCCUCUACUGCCUUGGCUUUGGCUAUGACCUGGACUAUGGCUUUUUGGAUGCCAUGGCAAAGCAGAACGAUGGAGUAGCCCGCAGAAUCUAUGAGGCAUCAGAUUCUGUAGUGCAGCUGCAGGGAUUUUAUGAUGAGGUGGCCACUCCCCUUCUGUCUAAUGUGAACUUCAAAUACCCUGAAAAUGCAGUAAAUUCUGUGACCACCAGCAACUUUAAGCAGCUCUUCAAUGGCACUGAGAUUGUGGUGGCUGGACAACUGAUGACAAAUGACAUGAACAGCUUUCCCUUAGAAAUCUCGGCAUAUGGGGUGGAUGACUAUAUAGUACAGGGCCAGGCAACUGCAGAGGAGUGGGAUGUUAUAUUCCCAGAGCAGGAGUAUAUCUUUGGGGACUUCACAGAACGUCUGUGGGCGUACCUCACCAUUGAGCAACUCUUGGAAAAGAAAGAUAAAGGCUCACCUGAAGAAAGGGCUAAUGCUACUGCAGAGGCUCUGGACCUUUCCCUCAAGUACAACUUUGUCACUCCCCUCACAUCCAUGGUGGUCACAAAACCAGAGAAUGAGGAGAAUCCAGAUGAUGUACUCAUUGCAGACAAACUCACUGAAGCACAGAGGGGAAAGCCUGAACUUCAAGGUUUCGCUAGGACAUCCUAUUAUCCUGCAAGUCCUGCAUCAGCAACUUAUUACGUUGAUGGAGAUCCUCAUUUCAUCAUUGAGUUGCCACAGAUGAAUGAUGCACUGUGUUUUAACAUUGAUGACGAAAUAGGCACCAUUUUCAACCUAGUAAGAGAUCCCGUGUUGGGUAUUGUGGUGAAUGGCCAAACCAUUGGGGAUAAGAAAGUGGUCCCUGGGAGCAAGGUGAACACAUACUUUGGCCGUUUUGGGAUUGUUCAUCAGACACUAGGCAUAAAGCUGAUGGUGACCACAGACGGAAUCUCUGUGUUCUUGAACAAGAGAAAGGUCAACUUCCUCUGGUCUGAAUCAGGCUUCACUAAAGCUGAAAACAUGGACCUGCAGAUCACCAAAGACCACAGUCUGACCGUAACUCUGAAGGACUCUGUGAAGUUUGUCAUCAUUUUGCAUAAGGUGUGGAAGAAGCACCCAUACCACCAGGACUACUUGGGGUUCUACACCAUAGACAGCCACCUGCUCUCCCCCAGUGUCCACGGUCUGCUGGGUCAGUUUUAUCAUGGUGUAGAGUUUGAGGUGAGCAACCUACACCCAGGAGAAGACCCUGAAAAACCUGAUGCCACAAUGAUGGUUAAAGGACAUGAGCUGAAUGUGACUAGAGGCUGGCAAAGAGACUUCCGGAAGGACGUGAAGAAUGGAGAGAACGUACCCUGCUGGUUUAUACACAACAAUGGAACUGGACUCAUCGAUGGGAGCCAUGAAGACUAUGUGCUGUCCAGCCUCUUUUAGGCUUGCUGAAGAUGACAGAACACAUGUCACACAAGUAUUUUUUAAAUAUUGAUGGAGAAAAACCAGUUUGUUUUGCAUUUUCCUGAAUUGAAUAAAAGUUAUUCAUGACUUAA